UUUUUCAGUGAAUUGGCAUGGAACCCACCGACUCUCCGCCGGAACCCUCCGACCCCAAACCCACCACCAAUGUCACCUCCGACGACUAUUCCACCGGUAACCAGCACUCUUCGCCUCAAUCUCAGACGCCUACCGACCCCGUCGUGUCUCAGUCCGACUCCUUAUUUGACGAUCUAUCUCAGCCCAGCCAACUGCAACCUGGCUCGGUUGACGGUGAUUCCGGUACGCUACAGCCGCCGAAGAAACGCCACCGCCGGAAGAAGUUGUUCCCGGAGAUGAUCUCUUCUGCAGCCGCUGUCCAUGGACUUCGCGUCAUUCGGCCCUAUUCCAGACACAACAGUUACAGCCAGAAAUCGGGCGGGGACUGGUUGGAAAUUGACGACGCUCCGACCAGGAAUUACCGUCGGCGGCGGAUGUCCGAUCUGGACAAGGAGGUUGAUGUCGAGGCCCUCAUUGCAAUUUCCGUUGGAUUUCCGGUUGAUUCGCUUACCGAAGAGGAAAUCGAAGCGAACGUGGUUUCCCAAAUCGGCGGCGUUGAGCAGGCCAACUAUAUUGUGGUCCGGAACCACAUUAUCGCGCGGUGGAGGUCGAACGUGUCUGUGUGGAUGACGAAGGACCAUGCCUUGGAGUCGAUUCGGGCUGAGCACCGAGGGCUUGUCAACUCGGCCUACUCGUUCCUGCUGCAACAUGGUUACAUCAACUUCGGCCUCGCUCCAGCCAUCAAAGAAGCCAAAUUGCGGCCGCCGGAGGGUGCCCCCAAGGCGGACGUCAUCGUUGUUGGGGCGGGGAUUGCUGGGUUGAUUGCGGCCAGGCAGUUGAUCUUUUUGGGGUUCAAGGUUGUGGUCUUGGAAGGUAGAAGCCGUCCCGGUGGCCGUGUUCGGACUAAGAAGAUAACCGGUGGGAACAAACUGGUGGCUGCGGCUGACCUUGGGGGGAGUGUGCUCACCGGAAUCAAUGGCAACCCACUUGGAGUUCUGGCAAGGCAGCUUGGAUUUCCGCUGCAUAAGGUGAGGGACAUAUGCCCACUGUACUUGCCUGAUGGGAGAGCUGUGAAUUCUGAAACCGAUUCUCGGGUAGAAGUAUCAUUUAAUAAGUUGUUAGACAGGGUCUGCAAGCUUAGGCAAAUAUUGACGGAAGAAAUUAAAUCAGUAGAUGUGUCCUUGGGCACGGCAUUGGAAGCAUUUCGAAGUGUUUAUGGGGUUGCUGAGGAUCCACAAGAGCGGAUGCUGUUGAACUGGCAUCUUGCAAAUUUAGAGUAUGCUAAUGCUACAGUGAUGUCAAAUUUGUCAACGGCAUUUUGGGAUCAGGAUGACCCAUAUGAGAUGGGUGGUGAUCAUUGCUUCAUUCCGGGGGGGAAUGAAAGGUUUAUCCGUGCAUUGGCCGAGGACCUACCUAUUUGCUAUGAUCAUGAAGUUGAGAGUAUUAGGUAUGGGGUUGAUGGGGUUUUGGUCUAUGCUGGUGGGCAAAAGUACAGGGGAGACAUGGUACUUUGUACCGUCCCUUUGGGUGUGCUGAAGAAGGGAUCAAUUGAGUUUGUCCCCGACCUCCCACAACGGAAAAAAGAUGCAAUUGAAAGGUUGGGAUUUGGGCUGCUGAAUAAGGUUGCAAUGCUGUUUCCAUAUGAUUUUUGGGGUGGCAAUAUUGAUACAUUUGGACAUUUGACAGAUGACUCGAGUACUAGGGGUGAGUUCUUUUUGUUUUAUAGCUAUUCUUCCGUUGCAGGAGGUCCACUUCUUGUAGCUCUUGUUGCUGGGGAGGCCGCAAUUAAAUUUGAGAGGAUGUCCCCAGUGGAAGCUGUGGAGAGGGUUUUGUACAUAUUGAAGGGUAUAUUUAACCCGAAAGGGGUCUCUGUUCCCAACCCAAUCCAGGCAGUUUGCACUCGGUGGGGGCAAGAUCAGUUUGCAUGUGGGUCAUAUUCGUAUGUUGCAAUUGGUGCUUCAGGUGAUGAUUAUGAUUUACUUUCAGAGAGCAUCGGGGAUGGGAGAGUAUUCUUUGCGGGAGAGGCAACAAACAAGCAGUAUCCGGCUACAAUGCAUGGAGCUUUUCUCAGUGGGAUGAGAGAGGCUGCUAAUAUACUGAGAGUGGCUAAGAGGAGAUCAUUGGUUCCGGCAGAAACAAUGAAUAAUUUAAAUGGGGGAACUGAUGAUGUUGAUAAAUUGUUUGAGGCCCCUGACCUUAAAUUUGGUAGCUUCUCUGUUCUGUUUGAUCCAACAUCAAACAAUCUCGAAUCCAGUUCUCUGUUACAAGUUGAAUUGAGAAGUGAGAAACUGGAUUCUGGCUGUCUGCAUCUCUAUGGCUUGAUCCAAAGGAAGCAUGCUAUUGAGCUGAGUAAGGUGGAGGGAGAUGCUAACAGGAUGCAAAGGUUAAAUUUCGACUUUCGGGCUAGGUUGUUUGGGAGGAAAAGGCUAUGCAGUGCUGCAGAAACCCUUAUAACAAGCAUUAAAUCAGCAAGAUCAGCCUAAAUUAGGAAUUUGAUUAAUAUCUGAAGUUCUCUUAACAAAAUUUCAGCAAUAACCAGGAUAUUCUCUGUGUCUGAACUUGACUGACUCAGAGAGCUCUUGGAUAAUUUGGUAAACAUUAAGUUGACCCAAGCAAAUAAUUCUUGUUGAUCUAGAAGAAGCCUCCUUUACACUUGUAGUGCAUCUUAGCUGCUAGAAUCUCAGAUUAAGAAGAGAGAGAUACCAGUUAACUCCUCCGUGGAGCAGAAAAUUAUCUUCAGCAUCUCAAUCAAUGUUGCCCUUGCAGUUGCAGAUGCUAAUGAAGCAUGUAUCCAAGCAUAAAACUUGAGACUUAAAUUAUCAUUUUUAUAUCUUGAAGAUAGCAGCUAGUUUUGCUUAAUGCAUUGUUCUUGUUGGGCUGGUCCUCUCCUCUAUUCUGUCUCCAAUGGGAUGAUCAAAGAAGUAU